GUACGUCGGCGUCAUUUUAAAAAAACCGAAGCGGGCGUCGCAAGUACGGAAUAAUUUAUUGUAUCUGUUAUUCGUGACGUGGCCUUUCCGCCGGAGUAACUGAUAGCUCGUCCUGCGUAGUAAAUCAAGUUAUCUUUGAUCAUGAAGUACUUUCUGCUGUUGGCUGUGCUGCUUUUAGCAGGCGUCAAUCAAAUCGCCGCCAGCGAAGAUGAGGCUACUACGGAAACCAUUGAUUUGGACCUGGGAUCCUUCAAGGAGGGCUCAAGAACUGACGCCGAAACUUUGAAACGCGAAGAGGAGGCUAUUCAACUGGAUGGUUUGAAUGUGGCGCAAUUAAAGGAAAUUCGCGAAAAGGCGGAGAAGUUCACCUUCCAAACGGAGGUCAACCGCAUGAUGAAGCUGAUCAUCAACUCGCUGUACCGCAACAAGGAGAUCUUCCUGCGCGAACUGAUCUCCAACGCCUCCGAUGCCAUUGACAAGAUCCGCCUGUUGGCCCUGUCGAACAGCAAGGAACUGGAGAGCAAUCCGGAGCUGCACAUUCGCAUCAAGGCCGACAAGGAGAACAAGGCGCUGCACAUCAUGGACUCUGGCAUUGGCAUGACUCACCAGGAUCUGAUCAACAACCUGGGCACCAUUGCCAAGUCCGGCACUGCCGAUUUCCUGGCCAAGAUGCAGGACCCCAGCAAGUCAGAGGGGCAGGAUAUGAACGACAUGAUUGGUCAGUUUGGUGUGGGCUUCUACUCUGCUUUCCUGGUGGCCGAUCGUGUGGUCGUCACCACCAAGCACAACGACGACAAGCAGUACAUCUGGGAGUCGGACGCCAAUAGCUUCAGCAUCACCGAGGAUCCCCGUGGCGACACCCUGAAACGUGGCUCCGUGGUCUCGCUGUACCUGAAGGAGGAGGCCCAGGACUUCCUCGAGGAGGACACCGUUCGCGAGCUCAUCCGCAAGUACUCGCAGUUCAUCAACUUCCCCAUCCGCAUGUGGUCCAGCAAGACUGUCGAAGAGGAGGUGCCCGUGGAGGAGGAGGUCAAGCCCGAGAAGACCGAGGAUGACGUGGAGGAUGAGGACGCCAAGGUGGAGGAGGCCGACGAUGACAAGCCCAAGACCAAGAAGGUGUCGAAGACCACCUGGGACUGGACCCUCAUUAACGACAGCAAGCCCAUCUGGACCCGCAAGCCCGCCGAAGUGAGCGAGGAGGAGUACACCAACUUCUACAAGAGCCUGACCAAGGACUCCAGCGAGCCCCUGUCGCAGACGCACUUCAUCGCCGAGGGCGAGGUGACCUUCAAGAGUUUGCUCUACGUGCCCAAGGUUCAGCCCUCGGAGUCCUUCAACCGCUACGGCACCAAGUCGGACAACAUUAAGCUGUACGUGCGCCGCGUCUUCAUCACCGACGAGUUCAACGACAUGAUGCCCAACUAUCUGAGCUUCAUCCGCGGUGUCGUCGACUCCGAUGAUCUGCCCCUCAACGUUUCCCGCGAGACCCUGCAGCAGCACAAGCUCAUCAAGGUGAUCAAGAAGAAGCUGGUCCGCAAGGUGCUCGACAUGCUCAAGAAGAUCGACAAGGAUGCCUACGAGAAGUUCUGGAAGGAGUUCUCCACCAACAUCAAAUUGGGUGUGAUGGAGGAUCCCAGCAACCGGUCGCGUCUCGCCAAGCUGCUCCGCUUCCAGACCUCCAACGGCAAGGGCGUCACCUCGCUGGCCGAGUACAAGGAGCGCAUGAAGGCGAAGCAGGAGCACAUCUACUACAUUGCCGGUGCCAACCGCGCCGAGGUCGAGAAGUCGCCCUUCGUGGAGCGCCUGCUGAGCAAGGGCUACGAGGUGCUGUACCUGGUGGAGGCCGUCGAUGAGUACUGCAUCUCCGCCCUGCCCGAGUUCGAUGGCAAGAAGUUCCAGAACGUGGCCAAGGAGGGAUUCCAGCUGAACGAGUCGGAGAAGAGCAAGAAGAACUUCGAGUCGCUGAAGAGCACCUUCGAGCCGCUGGUCAAGUGGCUGAACGAUGUGGCCCUCAAGGAUCAGAUCUCCAAGGCACAGGUGUCGGAGCGUCUGAGCAACUCGCCGUGCGCCCUGGUGGCCGGCGUCUUCGGCUGGACCGGCAACAUGGAGCGUCUGGCCAUGUCAAACGCCCACCAGAAGUCCGACGAUCCUCAGCGCACCUACUAUCUCAACCAGAAGAAGGCACUCGAGAUCAACCCCAGGCAUCCCCUGAUCCGCGAGCUGUUGCGUCGCGUUGAGGCCGACGAGGCCGAUGACACCGCCAAGGACAUGGCCUUGAUGAUGUUCCGCACCGCCACCCUGCGAUCCGGUUAUAUGCUCCAGGAGACGUCCCAGUUUGCCGACAGCAUUGAGCAGAUGAUGCGCCAGACCCUGGGCGUUUCCCAGAGCGAACAGGUCGAAUUUGAUGAGGAUGAGGAGGACGAUGCCGAGGAGUCGAAGACCGAGAGCCAGGAGAGUGCGAACGGCGACGACGAGGAGGAGGACCAGCAGCACGACGAGCUGUAAGCAGGUUCACAUUCAUCCACAUGCAUAGAUUGUACAUAAGAGUGUGGAGGUCAGACUGAGUUUUAAACAACCACCCGGCGGGCGUUUCAUAAACAUUACUCUCCUAGCAUGUCCCUAGAUUCUAAGUAAAGCAAUUUCGUAAUCCUUCACCGCCAGUCGCGCAGAGAGCACUCCUCCAUCACAGCACAACACAACACACUCUCAACAUUCGGUUGCUAAAGCGUUUUCUAUUUUCGAAAGCAAAUGAAAUAUGUAUUUAUACAAUGUAAUGAACAGAUUCCAAUCAAAAUAAAGAAAGACAAAUGAGUUUAAA